ACCCACCCCUUAACUAUUUUUUAACUUCAUCUUCCUUACCAUAAUUAAAACUCUCCAAAUACAGUGCCAAAAUCCCAAAAGCUAAAAGCUAACAAAAGAAAGAACAAUAAAAUAAAAGCGUAGGUACAAAACAUUACAUAAGCAACAAUAAGCUUUAACCAUUUAUCACUCCACACUCACAGCUUUUUCUCACCGCGCUUAUUUCCUCAUCUUCCUUACGUAAAUUCUCCUUUAAGCAACAAAAAAAAAUAUCCAAAACUUUCUAUUCUCACUUUUCAUUUCAUAACAUAACAUAACAUAACAUAACCACUUCCUCAUUUUUUUUCCUUGUACUCUGUUUCAAACAUAAACAUGGUACUCUCUCUUCUCUUCCUAGUCACAAUCUUAACCAUGACAACCUCAGGAAUUUCCGACACUAACUCCUUCAUCUUCGGUGGUUGUUCUCGUCUCAAAUUCUCACCUGGUUCCAACUACGAAACAAGCGUAAACUCGAUCCUCUCCUCACUAGUUAACUCGGCAACGUUCACAACCUACAACAAUUUCACUGUUCCGGGAGCCACCGCGUCGGAAACCGUCUCCGGACUUUUUCAGUGCCGCGGGGAUAUUACCAAUGAUCAGUGUUCAACCUGCGUGGAGCGUGCGGUGAGUCAGCUCGGAACACUCUGUUUCGAAACCUACGGUGGCGCGUUGCAGCUCGAAGGUUGUUUCGUGAAGUACGAUAAUGUUAAGUUUGUUGGGGUAGAGGACAAGACGGAAGUGGUCAAGAAAUGUGGACCGUUGAUUGGGUUGACUUCUGAUGCAAGGGAUAAUGUGCUGGCUUAUUUAGAGUCGUCCGAUGGGGUUUAUAAAACUUUUAGAACUACUUCUUAUGGGGAUUUUCAGGGUGUGGCGCAGUGCACGGGGGAUUUGAGUUCCAGCGAGUGUCAGGAUUGUGUUUCCGAUGCGAUCCAACGGUUGAAAAGUGAGUGUGGAGGUUCUACUUGGGGUGAUAUGUAUUUGGCUAAAUGCUAUGUGCGGUAUUCGGAAGGUGGAGUUCACUCGCGGGGCCAUAACGAUGAUGAAAAUCACAAUGAUGAUGAGAUUGAGAAGACACUAGCCAUACUAAUUGGACUCAUUGCUGGUGUUGCAUUAAUAAUAGUUUUUCUUUCCUUCUUGUCCAAAGUUUGUGAAAAGCAAAGAGGUGGUAAAUGAAGAGUGUGUUAUUAUGUGGAUAGUAAUAGUAUUGAACUUUUGUCUUUGUCUAUUUUAUUUGUAUUCAAUCUUUUUUAUGUUUCCACCAUAAUUCCCUUUGCCAUUGAAGGUGUAUAACUAUAUAUAGAAAAAUCUUGUGGAAAAAUAGUUUUCUUAUCCAUUACAAUAAGGUCAAAAUCACUUGGAAAAUACGGUGAGACAGAAGCUAUACAUAUCAGUUUCUCAAAAUUACAGUGAAAACGACCUUAAACAUGUGACAGUGGUGAUAUAUCGUACUCGUACGAUCGAACAUAGGUUCAGAUUCCACACGCUUUUUGUUUACUUGUUAAGUGUCCAUCAAUGUGUACAAAUAGGUGAUCAUAUAAGUGGAAAAUGCAUCAUGCUAUGUUAUAUAGCCUUUAAUGAAUGUUAAUUAGAGGUUUUUCUUA